CUGUAUCUGCAGCCUCCCUCCAGCCCCAGGAGCGUUUCUCCCCCCACAUGCAGCAGGAUUUGUCAUUCCCUGGGCGUGUCUGGAUGGAGGAGGAGGAAAAGCCCCGGAGAUGCUGCAGGAGGAGGAGCUGCAAACCCAGCCCAGGGAGCUGCGGGGAGGAAAGAGCCCCCCUGAGCCAGGAAGGCGGGCGGAGAUCCAGCCGGAGCUCGGAGCUGGUGGAGGAGCCUCAUGGCAGGGAGAAGCCCCACAAGUGCUUGGAAUGUGGGAAGGGUUUCAGUCGGAGCUACCACCUGAUCGAGCACCAGAGGAUCCACACUGGGGAGAGGCCCUAUGAGUGCUUGGAAUGUGGGAAGGGUUUCAGUCGGAGCUCCCACCUGAUCGAGCACCAGAGGAUCCACACAGGGGAGAGGCCCUACGAGUGUGGGGAGUGUGGGAAGAGGUUUCGGACCAGCUCCCAUCUCCUCAGACAUGAGCGGAGUCACACAGAGGAGAGGCCCUUCCGCUGCCCCGACUGCGGGAAGGGCUUCAAGCUAAACUCCAACCUCACCAUGCACCGGCGCAUCCACACCGGGGAGAGGCCCUACGAGUGUGGGAAGUGUGGGAAGGGUUUCAGAGACAUGUCUGGCCUGAUCGAGCACCAGGUGAUCCACACUGGGGAGAGGCCCUACGAGUGCUUGGAAUGUGGGAAGAGCUUUGGGCAGAGCUCAAACCUGAGAGCACACCAGCGCAUCCACACUGGGGAGAGGCCCUACGAGUGUCCCCAGUGUGGGAAGAGGUUUCGGACCAGCUCCCAUCUCCUCCUACAUGAGCGGAUUCACACAGAGGAGAGGCCCUUCCGCUGCCCCGACUGCGGGAAGGGCUUCAAGCUAAACUCCCACCUCACUGAGCACCGGCGCAUCCACACCGGGGAGAGGCCCUACGAGUGUGGGGAGUGUGGGAAGAGCUUCUCACAGAGAUCAACCUUGACCCAACACCAACGGAGGCACCAGUAGGGAAGCCCUGUGAGUGCCCCGAGUGAGGGAAGAGCUUGGAGUGAGGGAAGAGAGUGAGGGAAGAGAGUGAGGGAAGAGCUUGGAGUGAGGGAAGAGAGUGAGGGAAGA